AUGUCAAGGCCUAGGAAUAGCGAUAUAACAAAUGCGGAGUACAAUGAUGAUGACUAUGUUGCCCAACUCCUCGCUAAAGACGCGCGGGACUGCUCGUUGAGAUACUCUGCUCUUGGAGUAUACGGCCCAUCAAAACGAUCUAGCAAUAGCGCUCCCAAACCCAAUACACGAUUCUUAAAACACAUACUCCGCGAAACAGACAGCCAUAAUGAGAAUUUAAAACGGAAAGAAGAGGAGGAGGCGAGACAGAGAAUGAGGAGCUUACGGGAUGGAAGAGAUAAACCAACUAGGUCUUCAAAAUUAGAUGGACGAGGCGAUGGGGGACACAAACGUCGGAGAGUCGAAUCUUCUGAGCGAUGGGAUCAAAACGAGGAAAGUCCCCGUCACCGUCACCGCGGUGGAACAAGUCGUUCUCGAAAGGGGAAAAGGGAGUGCAAAAAUUCAGAUGAUGAUUACGACAAAAUAUCGAGGUCACGGAAACGGCAUCAUCGAGAGGAGGGCUCGGAUUCAGAGGAUGCAGUGCGGGGAUCUGGGCUGAGUCGGCACCGCAGAGAAGUCGACCAGGAUCGUCAAAGCCGGCAUCACCGCAGGCAAGCAUCACCAAACUAUGACUAUGAAAAUGCAGAGACGAGCCGGAGUCGAAAGUCAGUCUCCCAUCGGAGUAGGAGUCACAGGAGAUCCCACCAUCACCACGAAAGGUCUCGUAGUCAGUCGAAAUCCCCAAACAGGACUUACCGCCGAAGGCGACACAGUGAGAAGAAAGAGGAGAAUAUUGAAAAGUAUAAGCACGCAGAGGAUAGGAGUCACAAAUUUCGCGCAGAUACCCAAACUGGCAUCGAUGAGAAGUCAGCUUUGUCAACCCCACGAAUGUAUAUCGAGGAGGCCGGAAGCAGGCAUCUGUCACCAAGUGGUAAAAGCAGCACGUACUCCGACGAUUCAGACCCCCUGAGCAAUCUUAUUGGCCCUGCACCACCAAUUGCUACCACAGACAGUAGCCAGCCUGUCCGUUCUCGUGGCCGUGGGGCUUACAGAAGCACACAUACGAGUAACAUAGACGCCCAUUUCUCAUCAAGCUAUGAUCCAACGUUGGACGUACAUCCCGAAGACGACCAUGAUACCAAGGGUGACCAUGUAGGGCGCAUCCGCCCUGUACCAGGCCUUUUCAACCCAAAAGAAACUGACAAACAUACGAAUGACGACUGGGAUAUGGCGUUAGAAGCACUGCGGGAUCGUGAGUUAUGGAAACGGAAGGGUGCGGAACGACUACGACAGGCUGGGUUCGACGAUAGGAUAGUGGAGAAAUGGGAAGCAAACAAAUCCUUUGCUGGUCUGGAUGCGAAUGAUAACAAGGAUAUAGAGACUGUUAAGUGGGCUAAGAAAGGGGAAGGUAGGGAAUGGGACCGCGGGAAAGUCAUUGAUGAAAAUGGCCAUAUCUCUGUCAAAGCGCCUUGGUAG